AUGUCUCAUUCUACAGGCAGUUCUAGCUCAAGUUCUAGCUCGACAAGUGAAGACGAAGUCCAUGUUGAAAUCGAUGAGCAAGCUUAUGAUCCGGGUGAAGAAUUGAUGUUAUUGGUUCUUCAACAACACCAACAACUUAUGGAAGCAUAUCAGAGGAGGGACAUGCGCAAAAGAAAGUUCGUCCAAAGAAAUCGUGAAGUCGGGCAUGAGAGGCUCGUCAAUGAUUAUUUCUCUAUAACCCCGGUGUAUCAUGAUGAAACAUUUCGAAGACGAUUUCAAAUACGAAGAGAGCUAUUCCUCCGCAUAGUGAAUGCAUUAGAGAAUCAUUCAGCAUUUUUUCAACAUAGGGACGAUGCUUUUUGUGAAUACAUGGUUGAAAUAUUUGGUGAUAGGUACUUGAGAAGGCCAAAUGCUGAUGAUGUUCAACGUCUUCUUCAAAUGCAUGAUGAGAGACAUAGCUUCCCUGGCAUGUUAGGUAGUCUUGAUUGUAUACACUGGAAAUGGAAAAAUUGUCCAGUUGCUUGGAAAGGUCAAUUUACAAGGGGGCAUGGGUCACCAACAAUCGUACUUGAAGCGGUCGCGUCUCAUGACUUGUGGAUAUGGCAUGCAUUUUUUGGGGUCGCCGGUUCACGUAAUGAUAUUAACGUGUUAUAUGAAUCUCCCAUAUUCAACAACGUCUUGCAAGGAAAUAUGCUGGAGAUUAAUUUCACAGUGAACGACACUGUAUAUACGAAAGGCUAUUAUCUAACAGAUGGAAUAUAUCCCGAGUAG